CUUUCGCCAUGCAUGAUGAUGUGUCAGUUUCUGUUCAUCAUAUCAGUGUUCCACAUGGCCUGUAUAAUUAUUGAUGUCGCAUCAGAAGCCCGCUUGCAAAUAACUCAUUGCUGAAAAGUAUACAUAGCAAGCCUCGAGGGCAUUGUUGCAUCAGGUUCUCUUUUUGAAGCCCAUGCAGAGCAAAUAUGCUCACCAUUCCUACCAAGAAAGAGUUUCGCGAUGUCGCGGUCCUUGUCACUCUGCCCGCGGAAGAGUUCAUCCCAGAGCCGGCAACAGAAGGGUUCUGGCGACAUCUCGAAAGCGCACAAGAACCUAAUAAGCACGCCCAGAGUCUGAUGGAGCAAUACAAUAAAGUCUAUCAUCCCAUUAUCCUCGCUUAUUAUGGAAAAAAGGGACUAUCACUUUCUCGGAAAGAAGGCCCAGAGAGCUGGGCUUAUGCCACGAAAUCAUUCUACAUUCUCCCGAAUCAAGUCCUCGUGAUGAUAAUCGUUCGCGAUCCUCAGGUAGCACAUCAUCACGACGUCGACCAGACAACCAGUAAAGGUGUAAAAACUCCUGCACCAACCGCAUCCAGGAAAACAACUGACCAAGCCCUCACCAACAAGCUUAACGAGGAACGGCAAGUUGCAAUUUUGAAGUCGCAUGACCUUCCUCCCAGUCUUGGCCCUUUCAACUGUGAGGUGGGUGAGAUUCUCGCUCUCGAGGGAGGGAAGGAAGGUCUUUCAGUCAGGGCUGGAGGGAUCGCGGCAAGAGUCAUACCCUACACGAUUAAGCGUAAGGGGGAGGAGUAUAGUAAAUGCGGAAAAGAACUGACUGAGGCUGCUGUGAUAUCUUGAUCUGCUUGAUGAUGAUGUGGUUGAAAAAAAUUCAAUCAUAGUACCUACUGACGCGGAUUUGGAAAACCAUCCCCCAGAUCGAGCCAGUCACCAAUGUUUAAAUCUUGAAUAUCGUGUUCAGACUCUUGCGGCCAAAACUCGUCGUUACCAAGGUGCAUAUCUGUAAUGUUGGUUUUCUCAAGGUAAUCUAGCCAACGGCCGAAAUCCG